CUCACCAAACGUGACACACCGCCGCGCAUAUGUUCGGAUGCAGCAUGUGCCCACUUGCUGUGUUCACGAACCAUGAUUAGCCCCGUCUUAUCUUGUUUUAUUUUCAUUCUCGUCUUGAAAAUGUUUCGCGUACCUUUUACCCUAGGCCCUAAUCUCAAAUCCAAUUAACUAUAUAUACGCAGAUUAUUACGAUUUACCUAAUCAUUAUUACUGGUCGCUUCGCCUGUUGCGGUACCUACCUAACAAGAAUGACGAUGGACGCUGCUGUCACCAACGGUAACGUUGCAAACAUGAACACCGCAGACACUAUGAUGGAGACUGAUCUUAGUGUGGUGGAAAAAAAUAAACAAGAUAGAAUGGAUCCAUCAUUAAAUGAACCAGCCAAGGUUGAAAUAAUUUGGGGAAUUGUUUUGUUCUUUGUUGCUGGCCAUCUGAGUGCUAUUUAUGGAUUAUAUUUGGUAUUUGUUUCGACCAAAAUAUACACAACAUUGUUUGCAUUGAGUUUAUGGAUAUUAUCAGGCUUGGGUGUAACAGCUGGACUUCAUCGGUUAUGGUCUCACAAAUCCUACAAAGCUAAAUGGCCUUUACGAUUUAUUUUAAUGCUAAUGAGUACCAUGGCAUUUGAGAAUCAUAUUUAUGAAUGGUGCAUGGAUCAUCGAAUUCAUCACAAGUACACAGAUACCAAUUCUGAUCCACAUAAUGCUAAAAGAGGAUUUUUUUUUUCGCAUAUAGGAUGGCUUGUAGUUCGUAGACAUGAAGAUUAUUAUGAUAAAUGUCGAAAAAUUGAUAUGUCUGAUUUGAAAACUGAUCCCAUUGUAAUGUUUCAAAAACUAUUAUAUAUUCCUUUACUGUUACUAAUAUGUUUUAUCAUGCCCACAAUGAUACCUGUUUAUUACUGGAACGAAUCAUACACAAACGCAUUCUUUACUUCAACAAUGCUGCGUUACAUUUUUACAUUGAACAUGACAUGGUUAGUGAACAGUGCUGCUCACAUUUGGGGUAACCGUCCAUAUGAUGCAUCAAUAAAUCCAUCUGAAAAUCUAUCCGUGUCACUUGGAGCUUUAGGCGAGGGAUGGCACAACUAUCAUCACGUUUUCCCUUGGGAUUAUAAAGCAGCUGAACUUGGCAACUACAGGGCUAACUUAACAACUGCUUUCAUAGACUUUUUUGCGCUCAUUGGUUGGGCUUAUGAUAUGAAAACAGUUUCAAACGAUAUGAUCUUAAAACGAGCAAAAAGAACUGGAGAUGGUUCUCAUCCUAAUGGUGAUGGAAUCUGGGGAUGGGAUGAUUCCAAUAUUUCUAUUGAAGAUAAAAAAUUAACGACGAUUAUUAACAAAAAAGAUGAAUGAAAAUAUAAUAGAAUUAGUUUUUUUUUACCU